GUUAUUUCGAAUGACGAAGUGUCAAGAUCUCUAAUAUUCUCGCGAUCAGGUCGGGGUUGCGCCGUCCACUCUAUCACAACCACAGUCUCGCUCAUAUUUGAUGCUAUAGACCAGUGCUAAUCGUCAUUUCUGAUUCUGACCGUAUACAAGUCACCAUGUCCCUUCGCAUCGCCGUCCUCGAGUGCGACACUCCUAUCGACCCCCUUCGAGAGCGCUAUGGCACCUAUGGGGAUUUCUUCGAACGCCUCCUCCGCACAUCCCUACAAGAACUUGGAAAAAGCGAGACGGAGUUACAAAUCACCAAAUGGAAUGUGGUGAACAACACAAAUUAUCCCGACCCUGAGCAGUUCGAUGCGUUACUCUUGAGUGGAAGCAAAUAUGACGCAUGGUCGGACGAGCCCUGGAUCCUCAGUCUGACCGACUACGUGAAGCGCAUCCACAUGUUACAAGACAAACCGAUUGUCGGAAUCUGUUUCGGGCACCAGAUUGUUGCACGCGCGCUGGGAAUGCGGGUAGGCCGCAGCGACGCAGGCUGGGAGAUUGCCGUCCUCCCCAUCUCGCUGGGCGAGGCUGGGAGGAAGCUAUUCCAGAGGGAUACCUUGUCUCUACAUCAGAUGCACCGCGAUAUCGUAAUCGAAGUCCCCAAGGAAUGCGUCAACUUAGGGUCGAGUGUGCUUUGCGAAGUUCAAGGCCUGUACCAGCCGCAACGUCUCCUCACCGUGCAGGGACACCCGGAAUACGACGAGUUCGUCGAGACGAAGCUGAUUGAAAUGCGAACCGCGGCGGGGAUAUUCGAUGCGGAGCUAUCGCGAGACGGUCUGGCGCGGGUGGGCAAGGCCCACGACGGGGUGGUGAAUAUAUUCAUCAUGUCUAACCGGAUCGUGACUCUCUCGCCAUCCACCAACAAGUCUGUGUUCGAGCACCCCGGACACAGCGUUGAAGAUGCGCGCAAGAUCGCCGUCGACUCGCUCAAUGCCUUCCAAUCGUUCAAGAAGAGCUCUCUAGAUGAGCGAAAGGCCCUUGCUACCAAGGCGCUGGGGAUCAUCGAUGCCAACAAAGAGACGCUGGCUCAGGAGCUGAGCGCCCAGAUGGGCCGGCCCAUCGCCUUUGCCAUCAAGGAGGUCGAGACCAUGCUCAAGCGGGCGGAGUAUCUGAUCGGCAAGGCCGACGAGCGCCUCAAGGACUACCAGGGCGAGCCCGAGAGCGGGUUCCGACGGUUCCUGAAGAAGAAGCCUCUGGGAGUGACACUCCUGGUUACCCCUUGGAAUUACCCCUACCUCGUAACAAUAAACACCCUCCUCCCCUCCCUCCUAGCCGGAAACACCGUCAUCCUGCGCCCCUCCCCGCAGACCCCGCUGGUCGGCGAGCGCCUGCACACAUACUUCACGCAGGCGGGCUUCCCGCCCAACGUCUUCCAGCUCCUCCACGUGGGGUCCCCGGACGUCCUCGACGCAGUGGUCCAGAUCCCCGAGAUCAGUUUCGUUUCGUUCACGGGCUCGACCGCUGGCGGUGUGCGCCUCCGCGAAGCAACCGCCAAGCGCAUCAUCCCCGUGAACCUGGAACUGGGCGGCAACGACCCGGCGUACGUGCGGCCGGACGCAGACCUGAAAUACGUGGCAGAGCAGCUGGUCGACGGGGCCGUAUUUAACCAGGGACAGAGCUGUUGCGCGAUCGAGCGUGUGUAUGUGCAUGCGGAUGUGCAUGAUGAGUUUGUGAAGGAGGUGCAGAAGGAGUUGGGAUCGUACAAACUGGGCGACCCGGCCGCGACCAGCACGACGGUCGGCCCGGUCAUCUCGCAGGCCGCCCUGAAAAACAUCAAGGCGCACAUCGCGGAUGCACUGGCCAAGGGGGCGAAGAAUGUGACUCCCGCGAACGAGACAUUUGCGAACCCCCCCGCGCACGGGAACUACCUGGCGCCGGUGGUGCUGACGGGAGUGAACCACGAGAUGGAGGUGAUGAAGGAGGAGACCUUCGGGCCGGUGAUCCCGAUCAUGAGCGUAUCGUCGGACGGGGAGGCCGUGCGACUGAUGAACGACAGCGACUACGGCCUGACGGCGAGCGUGUGGACGAAGGACAUUGCGCGGGGAGAGGAGCUGGUGGAGGAGAUCGAGGCCGGCACGGUGUAUAUCAACCGGGCGGACUACCCGAGUCCGGACCUGGCAUGGAUUGGAUGGAAGAACUCGGGGCUGGGAUGCACGCUGGGACCGCAUGCGUUCGAGGCGUUUUACAAGUUGAAGAGCUUCCACAUUCGCGAGAAGCAGGGUUGAUUCAAUUAGAUUGGGAGUUAUCGUCAGGUAGUCAUUUAGAUACUAGGCCAAUACGAGAUGCAGGAUUCUAG